GGCCACAGCUGCUAGAUUUGGCCGAGUUUCCGUGCGGCAUCUUUCAUUUCAUUUCAUUUAAGUUUUCAGGCGCAACAAUGAAUCGCCUAUGACUUGUUUGACGAAAUUCCUCUGAGAGAGAAAAAAUAAAUUCUUGUGUUUUCCCUUUACCUUUCCAUCUCUGUUCUGUUCUUGAAAGAGGGGGUGGAAAGAUUCAAAGAGGUAAUAGAAAAGAAAUGCAGAAGACACGGGAUCAACGUUCAAGAUCUUCCAAACCCAUAACCAUUCAUGGGUUAGCACAAUCUGGGGAUGUUGUUGCCUUUAAAAAAUUGCUUAAUGAAAGCCCGUUUCUUCUUAAUGAACGAAACCCUGUUAUGGUGCAGACGCCUCUUCAUGUUGCUGCUGGUUACAACAAUGUUGAAGUACUCAAGUUUUUGCUCAGUUGGUCGGGGCCAGAGAAGGUGGAGCUGGAAGCCAAGAACAUGUAUGGAGAGACACCAGUGCAUAUGGCAGCCAAGAAUGGUUGUAAUGAAGCAGCAAAGAUGCUUCUUGCUCAUGGUGCUCUUGUUGAAGCCAGAGCCAAUAAUGGGAUGACUCCGCUGCACCUUGCUGUUUGGCACUCACUACGAGCCGAAGACUAUUCAACAGUAAAGACAUUGUUGGAGUAUAAUGCAGAUUGUAGUGCUGAAGACGAUGAGGGCAUGACUCCUAUAAAUCAUCUCUCUCAAGGCCCUGGAAAUGAAAAAUUGCGCGAACUUCUCCACCAGUAUCUUGAUGAACAAAGAAAACGUAAAGCCAUUGAAGCAUGUAGCCAGACCAAAGCUAAAAUGGAUGAACUUGAAAGCGAAUUAUCUAAAAUUGUGGGGUUAGACGAACUUAAACUGCAACUCCGCAAAUGGGCAAAGGGGAUGCUCUUGGAUGAGAGGCGUAAGGCCCUAGGGCUUAAAGUCGGUGCAAGAAGACCACCCCAUAUGGCUUUCCUUGGUAACCCUGGAACAGGAAAAACUAUGGUUGCUCGAAUUCUUGGAAAAUUACUUCAUAUGGUUGGGAUACUUCCCACCGACAAGGUGACAGAGGUGCAGAGAACAGAUUUGGUUGGUGAAUUUGUUGGUCAUACAGGGCCAAAGACAAGGAGAAAGAUCCAAGAAGCGGAAGGGGGAAUUCUUUUUGUGGAUGAAGCCUAUCGAUUAAUACCUAUGCAGAAGUCGGAUGACAAGGACUAUGGUUUGGAAGCACUAGAAGAGAUAAUGUCUGUUAUGGACAGCGGGAAAAUUGUAGUAAUUUUUGCGGGUUACAGUGAACCAAUGAAGCGUGUGAUCACUUCUAAUGAAGGUUUCUGUAGAAGAGUAACAAAGUUUUUUCAUUUUGACAAUUUUAGCUCUAAAGACCUUGCCACAAUUCUUCAUCUUAAAAUGACCAAUCAAGCCGAUUGUAGCUUGCUAUAUGGAUUUAAGUUGCAUCCUUCAUGUAGUGUAGAUGCUGUUGCAGCACUUAUCAAGAAAGAAACCACUGAAAAACAGCGCAAGGAGAUGAAUGGAGGUCUAGUCGAUCCAUUGCUAGUUAAUGCAAGAGAGAAUUUGGACCUGAGACUCAGUUUUGACUGUAUAGACUCAGACGAACUACUAACGAUUACUCAAGAGGAUUUACAAGCUGGUCUGCAAUUGUUAUCUCAAACAGGAGUGGCUUAGUUGUGACUUCUCUCCGAGCCAAAUAGAGCGUGGAACAACGAGUUGUCACAGAAGUUAUACGAAAUAUUCUGGGAAGAAAGUUAUAGAGAUUCUCCUAUAUCCGACCUUGGAAUGGAUAUUAGCUAGAGGUAGAUUAUUGCAGACUUGCAGGUCUGUCUGUUCUCCAUGGAUUACUUCCUCAUGAAUUUCUCUCUUCUUUUUUCGUAUAUUGCAACCUUGUAUUAGUUAGUUCAUUGCAUUUAUUCUUGCUUUUAAAUAUCCAUUUAAAUUAAUUAUUUUACGUAAGAUAUUCUUCAUGUUGUUUGUUAUAGGUUGGAUGAAAAUUGUUGUAUUGAACUGCUACAAAAAUUGUAUUCUUGUAAUGUUGGGUUCCAUAUUGUAA